CAUCAACUAAUUAAUUAAAUGUUGUAGUUUCUACCCAAAAAAAUCAAAAUUCGUUUUUCCUUUUAAAAGCUCACAAAAAUUGGGUUUUGGUUUUUUCUUCAUAAACUGGUUAAACUUUCCAAAAACUAGUUUCCCUAAAUUUUAGGGGAUCUAUUUAUUAGAAAUCUUAAUUGGCAAAUCAAAUGGAUUCUACGAAACUAAAAACUAAAAACUAAAACUUGAUUGGAUGAAAAAUAUUUUUAUUCAACAACAAAAACCAAAACCUAAAGCAAAAACGACAGUCAAUCAAAGUCUACAAGCUUGAUGAUCGUUCCUCGUUGUUAACAAACCGGUGGUUACUAAACCGUCGUGACCCAAACGGUGAUUACAAAACCAGUUCGUCUGCUUUAUUCAGUCAUUGAGAUUCAAAGAUUUCAUGUUUUUGGUUAGGUUGAAUCUUUAAGUGUUACGCUUGAUUUAUUCAGUCAAUGAUGUUAAAAUAUUUUACAAAAAAAAAUUAAAAAAAAAUCAAAGAAUCACAGGGAGGAAAAUAAUAAUUAUCCAAAAAACGGUGGUUACUAAACCGGUUCGUGUUUUUGGUUCGUUUCGGUUGAAUCAUUAACUGUUUAACGGUAAAAAGAACCACAUUGUUUAGUCGUUUCCCUCUUCUUAAUUUUUAUCCAAGAAUCUCUGAUACGACUCGAAUCUUUCUCAGAGCGCUCAUGGCUUCCCCAAGGCGUUCAUGGUCCUUGCCGCUGCUGCCACUGGAGAUAAUACAAGAAAUCUUUUACAGGACUCCGGCGGAAGCGCUCGUCCGAUCAAAACCGACGUGCAAGAAAUGGCACGCUCUCAUCACCAACAAAAGUUUCAUCAACAAACACUUGCAACGCUCCAAAGAACGUCCCCAAGAACGCUUCAUAAGAAUCUUCGACAAGGUACGAAUCAUGGAUCCAAUAACCAGAACAAGCGCAGCAUCACCAAUCCCAAACGAAUUACUACAACAUCAAUAUAACAUCAAUACUUUGAUCUACACGCUAAUGGUUCAUUGCGACGGACUCAUGCUGGUUGCGUAUCGUGGUUGGAAGUGCAGAAGCGACGGAUCAAUACUCCCCAACAUCGCACUUUGGAAUCCUCUUUUGAAUAAAAUCAAAUGGGUCGAGCAAGCCGCGGGGUGCAUCACGAGUAGUGACUACUACGGGAUCGGAUACAACGGCGAUGGUAAUUACAAGCUCGUGAGGUUCACGUGUCGUCCGUUUGAGGUCGAGGGUUUCGAGGACGUGCCAGAGGUUGAGAUUUACGAGUUCGAGACGAGUUCUUGGAGAACCGUAGGCGGCAAGGUUGAUGUCGACGUGGAGAUCACGAGGAAGUGUGUGUCUGUGAUGGGUAACAUGUAUUGGGUUGCUUAUAGAUGUUGGAAAGAAGAUGAAAAGUUCAUUAGAGUUUUCGAUUUCUCGGAUGAAACGUUCAAGGACAUAUGUUUCUGUCCUCCUUCUUACGGUGAUAAUAGUCACUUGUCUUGUUUCAACGGAGAUAGCUUGUCGUUGCUGCUGCAGCAAGACGAAGCGUCAAGGAAGAUUGAGGUGUGGGUUUCGAGCAAGUUGGGUGAUGGUGAUGUCACGUUUAGCAAAUAUUUCAGUUUGUCCGGUCCUGAUCUUCCUGCGUUACGGGUCCAAGCAAAAGCGGCUCGUCCUGUGUACUGCUUUGUGAAGCCUAAGAGUGUCAUCGUCUGGUGCGUGGAAGUUGAAGGAAAAGGUACUGAUAAGGCUUGUACUUGCUGUACUCUUUAUGAGAUUGGCGAGGAUGGGGUGAAGAGUAAAAAGGUGACGGAACAGGACGACGUGCGUGACUACUCUCGCGCCUUCGUUUGCGGCUAUGUGUAUGUUCCAAGUAUGAUCCCUCUUCCAUGGGUAAGAGACUAGGAUUCUUGUUCUAUAAGCUUUCGUUUUGCUCUUUGUUUGUUGAUCUUCUGCCAUGUAUAUAAAGGAACUAUAUGAUACUGCUGUGUUGUGCAGAUGUUACUGAACAUGACGUUGGUUUUGGUUUAUGUAUUACAAUCUUGACAAGUUUUAGGUUAUGGGUGCACUGUUAUAUGACUAGUGUGUCAUGGCUUAGUCUUCUGAUAAUAAUUUUCUUGUUCAAGAGGUUUCCCAUUGAUCCACCUUUGUAACAUGACUAGUGUGUCAUGCUCCCUAUAAUCAAACCCACAGAUCAGUUAAAAAACAUAAGUGAAAACCACUAUCAAAAUGUUGGAAUGGACACAAAGAAAAGGGACUUUCUUUUGAUAGUAUCAAAUGUUAGUUUAUUGGUACAACAAAUCCUAGUUUAUCUGCCCAAAACAGAGUGAAUCUAAUGAGCGCAUUGUUAGAAUUUAUGAGGAUUGACUCAUAGCAAGAGAGAAUACAAUCAACUUGUGACUGAAUCUCCUUCACCCACAAGAGAGAACUUGUCUAUUUUAUGUAUUUUCAAUGUAUUUCUAUAUAUUACAAAAGAGAAGUCACAGCCUUUAUAUAGGCAAUACAAGAUUCAUCAAUAAAUGCAACAACACUUGCAUGCUCUUGCAUGAAUAAUUUAAAUGAUGAACAUGCAAGAAAUCUUCAUUUCCUAGGAGAAUAAAUGUUAAACAUGCAGAGAUCAUGUUAACUUCUCUUCAGGUCUUCAUCUCAAUACGCAUACGCCUAUCAUCCAAGGUCUCCAGUAAUCAGUGAGUGAAUUGUUAUGAGAUCUAAUCCAAGCUUGAGUCCCAACGAAAGGCACAUACAUGUUGCGAUAACCACUGUUCACCCAAAAAAUAACCUCACUAAGUUUACAAAAUAAAGAGUCUUGAAAGCUUGAACUACUUCUUCAAAAGGCAAGAGUUUAAACUCUGAAAUGAAGUUGAGAGAAGGAUGGCCACAGAUGCUGUUAUUCAUAUGGUCAUGGUACACUGCUUUUAAUGUCAUGGACGUAAGGAUGUAAGUUAUUAAUUCCCAAAACCGGUGGUUACUAAACCGUCAUUACCAAAACAGUGGUUACUAAAUGUUUCACAUAUGUAAAUAAUAUUUUUCUUGUCAAAUAGUCUGUCCAUUGAUCCACCUUUGGAACAUGAAAUAACUUUCCUCUGGUUUAUAGUCUGGAGUGUGUCCUCCCUAGUCCCUACAAUCAAACCCACAACUCAAUUAAGAAAACAUAUAGGUGAAAACCGCUAUCAAAAA